AUGCUUUCAAGGCUAACUCGUGCAACCUGGGACACCAUUAGCAUGACCAUGCAGGCGGUGGGACGUGUCUCCAGUGUUUUCAGCAGGGAAGAACAAAAGGCCUUACUUCACCAAAACGAAGAGCUGAGGACUCAUCUUCAGCUGGCCCAGCAGAGAAUCUCUAGUCAGGAGCAAACAACCAACCAGCUAGCUGGCCACCUUGAGACCGAGAGGGCUGAUAACUGUAAACUCCGGGAUCAGGUGGAGUACUUGACUGCAGAACUCAAAAAUUUCAAAUCCAUUGCAACAUAUCACCGUGAUUCGUUUAAACGAGAGAGGGCAAAGUACUUACAGGAGGAGGAACACGUGACAGAGCUCAAAAAUGAGGUGGAAUAUUUAAAGAAUCUUCUGGCUAAAUCGGAGAAUUCGUUAACAGCUACAGAAGGUGAGCUUGUGAACCUUUCACAGUCAUAUCAGGAACUGUACCAGAGGUAUGCUUUUCUUAGAAAUGAGAAGAAAAGGGCUGACCUCCUCCAGCAGCAGUUUGACGAUGAACGGUGGUCACAUGAUGAACUUAGGAUUAAACUGGAGGAAAUAAUCGAGAAUCAGGAGACUGAAAGAAAAGCUCAUGAACACAAGAAUGAUGUCCUCCAGCAGCAGCCUGAGAAUGCAAAGUCAUGUGCUAAGCAGGUCUUAGAGCACCAGGAGGAGAUCCAGAGGCUUAGGGCUGAAAGAGAUGCCCUCCAACAAAAAAUUGACCACGACGAAGAGAGGAAGCACCUUGCUAAAAAGACAAGUGCAAAAAAAAUCCUAAAGCUAAAGGCUGAAAGAAAAGCUCGUGAACACAAGAAUGAUGUCCUCCAGCAGCAGCUUGAGCAAGAGAGGUCAUGUGCUAAGCAGGUCUUAGAGCACCAGGAGGAGAUCCAGAGGCUUAGGGCUGAAAAAGAUGCCCUCCAACAAAAAAUUGACCAUGACCAAGAGAGGAAACGCCUUGCUAAAAAGACAAGUGCAAAAAAAAUCCUAAAUCUAAAGGCUGAAAGAAAAGCCUGUGAACACAAGAUUGAUGUCCUCCAGCAGCAAAUCCUGAAGCUAAAGGCUGAACAGUCUCUCCAAAAAGGAGGAAAGGAGCAUCAAUUGGAAACUCAGCUUCAAAAGGCUCUAUAG